GAAACUCGGGCACUUCAAAGCCAAGGAAGAAUCCAAAUCUGCAGACCAAAAUCCACGGCAAGUUACUCCUGAACCAUCCCGAAACUAUGGAAGUCCCUACAGCUGCUUGAACACCCUCUUCAUAUCUAUUCCUCCCUGCUGGAGUGUGUGGAUGUGUUGGAGACAACAGAUCCAUGGCUUUUCUCCUCCCUUCAGCCAACCUUCCAGAUAGACAGACAGUUGGAGGGAAGCAGCCCUCCAGUUCAUCCGGGAAGCAGGCUCCGUGAGGACUGCGUGGCGGGCCAAGACUCCUCUCCCUUGCAACUGCUGGCAGAACCAUGGAGAGCCUCAGUGAACUACAGAACCCGUUGCUGCCAAGGAGCCCCGCCCACCUCCACAGUCCCUAUGCCUACUCGGAGGCCCCGUCCAGCUGGUCCUGCCAGGAGAAGCUUUAUUCCUACCUCCUUGGAGGUGCCGCUCCUGCCCAGGCUCACCAGCUCCUAGACCCGGGGUCCCUGCAGCUGGCCGUAGAGGCUUGGUAUCGGCCCAGCUGUCUCCUGGGGAGGGACAAGGUGAAGGAACCCAAAGCAGGCAGCUGCGAGACCAGCUUCACAGAAGCCAGGGAACCCUCAGCCGGGCCCUCGGAGCAGGGCUCAGAGCCUGGUCAAGCUGAGGAGGAUGUCACCAUCCACACUGUGUCCUAUGGGGUUCAAGAAGAGCUGCAGGGCCAGGAGGACAGCCAGGAGGAGGAGAGCGAUACAGCCUCGACAGAGAGUGAGAGUGAAGACACCUUCCUCACCCUGCCUCCCAGGGACCACUUGGGGCUCACGCUCUUCUCCAUGCUCUGCUGCUUCUGGCCUCUGGGCAUUGCUGCCUUCUACUUCUCCCAGGGGACCAGCAAGGCCAUCUCCAAAGGGGACUUCCGCCUGGCCGGCACCACCUCCCGCCGGGCGCUCUUCCUAGCCACACUCUCCAUCGCUGUGGGGGCCGGUCUCUAUGUGGCUGUGGUGGUGGCUCUGGCUGCUUACAUGUCCCAGAAUGGCCAUGGCUAGUGGUCAGUAGGAGGACCUUCAUCCUGCCUCUCCUGGCUUACCAGAGAAAGGUGUAAGGCUUGGAACUGUGUGCUCUAUGGAGAGCCUUGUCCCUGAAGAGAAUCUGUCACAUAGCUUGUUGGAGAGGGGGGGUUCCAUUCUGCAGCUCACACAGUGCAAUCCUGUCCUCUUGUCCACUGUUCCCAGUCUCAGAGCGGGCCAGGCGUGGAUGGGAAGCAGGAGCAGGGUUGACUAAUAGGCCAAGCCCAACCCCUCUGCCCAUUCCCUACAGGGCCUCUGCCCCACAGGCAGCUCAACCUCCAUUUGCCAUCUUCCCCACAGAGAAAGAGCAGGAGGUUCCAGGAAGGAAAAGGAAUGCCCAAGGGACAAAGGACCCAGCCAAUCCUUCCACUCCGAGGGGGUUCUCACCUGCGUACAACUUGAGCACCUGCCCCCCACAUGAUGCUCAAGACCCUCCAAUCAGGAGAGAAAUACAUGGACCCCAGCCAUCCCUUGUUCUUCCUGACUCUGGGUACUACAUAUCUCCCAGGUGGAGAUGGGGCUGGUGAGCUCUGUGCUGAGGGCAGGUUGCUGGGGCUUUUCUGUACCAGACAAAAGGCAGAUGCAGAAGCAGAUGGGGUGGGGGCCUGGAAUGCUGCAGGACCACAUGACCUGCCAACUCGGACCCUGUUCUUCAUCCCACCAUCCUCUCUGGGCUCCACUAGAAGGACCCUGAGAUGGCACCCCUACCAGAGGAGCUUGAGAAUGGGUACUGUUACUCCCCAGCUAGUGAGUGCGGGGUCCUAGAUCCAGGCUUAUGGGAAAAGGGUGAGAAGGGACGCUGGGGACUGGGAAGUGUAGGCCGAGGAUGGACAUGGACACAUGUCUAAGGGAUUUGCUUCUCUGUAACUCUCCGUGCUGGUGGACAGGGUUUGCAGGAGCCUCCCAUGGAGGUGCCCGGGCUGCUGAGAUUUCACCUGGAAUAUCCAGUUGGGAGUAAUUUUGCAGCCAUUUCUAAACCCUCCCGCAGGAAGGCCAAGCCUUCCCACAUGUCACAAUACAUUCCCAUCUCUGAAUGAUGGGGUAGUGUUGGCAAUGGCUUCAAGCACCUUCACUGAUAACCAUCACUCAGGACUGCUUUCAAACCCCUCCAUCCCCAUGCACUAUGGAAUGUCAGGGUCUCACAGACAUGAAGGACAAAGGACACAGGACAGUGGGAAGGUAGGCCCACCGGGACUCAAGCUACGGUACUAUUGUGCACGAUUUGGGGAACCUGUCCGUUCCCGCACCCCAUCAAGUUCCAAAUGGGGUUAUGGUUCCACCACUAUCCGCCUCUCACACCUCCUCAUCUGCCUCACUUCAGGGGUUACCCGCCCUCCACUCCCUGCACUGGCAGUUUUAAUGCCCUCUUACUGUCUUUAUUUACCCUGGUAAUAAACUUUUCUGUAAC